GAUAGUAGGGUUGUUCAAACGACUGAAAACCAUAAUAAUCAUUACUAGUAGCAUUUUGUUCGGUUUAUUUGUUAAAAUUAUCAACUAAUUUGGUUUAGUUUAUUUGGUGUGGUCAAUGUAUUAUAUUGUUGUGCUUGAUAUAAUACUCUUCGUAGUAGGCUGGGAAAAUAGACCAGACCGUUAGAAAAAACCGUGGUUCAAAUCGUACCGCACAAUUUGGUCCAGACCGUAGACCGUGAAGUAUGGUCUGGUCUGGUCCAUGGUCUGUAUUAUUUUAUGAUUUGAUCUCUUGGUCUGGUCUAGACCGCGGUUUACCGGACCAAACCGUGGACCCAACUGACUUGUCAAUACGUGUUAACAGCCCAUUCGACCACUCUCACAAUGACACCCAAGUCUCAACCUUAAUUUUGUGAAUCUCUUCCCUCCUUCAUUCACAACCACAUUUAACUAGAGAGUAGAGAUAAUAGUGUCUCCAUAUGACAUUAUGUUAAUGUUUAUGACGUUAUGGUGCAAGCUGGGAUGUUUUUACUUUGUAUCUUUGUUAUGUACUAAAAUUUGGAGUAUCAAAAUUAUUCAUGCAUGUUAGGAUUAAUGUUUUAAGGCAAAUAACAAUUAUUUUUCUUGGUUAUUGGUUCAAUUUUUUGUGUGUUUGACUAAACAAAUUAUUCAUUUUUCGUUGAGUGUGGUCUAUCUGGACCAGACCAGACUGAACCAGACCGCAUAGAUAUGGUAUGAACCGGACCGUAUAGUCUGUGGUCUAUACCUUAACCUCUCGGUCUGAACCAUAGACCAUGUAUAUGGUCUGAUCUGGACCAGACCGUACCGUUUCCCAUCCCUACUUCUCAACCUAAAAGCUAAUGGAUCACUUUGCCGAUGACCCAAAUUCAAUUCUCCACAAACACAAUUAAUAUAGAGUGAGACAACUUCCUAUAACUUCAUCUCUGUGGUCAAUUAUUAGCCUCUUAUUAGGAAAGAUGUGUAGGCUAGCACGAUAUAUAUUAGCUGAAUCCUAAAUCCAUAACAUCUGUUAAUCGUGCAUUAUAUUUUUCAAAGUUUAUUCUCUAAAAAGUUAUUUUUGUGUUAAUUUAACCGAUCUAUUUAAAAUAUUUAUUUCAUAAUUAUUAGAUUUUCGACUAAAAUAAUUUGAUACCAUAGUAACUAUUUGAAUACCCUAUCGAACACGUCUCUACUUACUGAAUUUGAGAAGUUAACCCCGAACCCAAACUAUACUUGGGCUUCUAUUCUUGAUUAAGCCCAGGCUUCCAUUAUUGAUUAAGCCCAAACCGCCAGUAUAGCCCGACUCGGUCUGGGCUUCUCCAUUUCUCUUUCUCCCCGCUUUUAUAUUCUUACUCUUUGCCACACAGAAAAUGCCUCGUCAUCUCUAACCUGUCGGUCGCCAGUCCGAAAAAGCAACUCUGCCACAGCGUCAAAACUAGCCGUUACCCCAUUCGAAAACUAAUUCCCCAUAGUCAUAGGCUCAUAGCUGUCUCCUUCCUUAAUCUCCAACCAGCUCCCUCCCUUCCACCUAAUUCUCCUUUCCGCCAUCUCCCAGCUUCGAAACUUCGGUUUCUGCAUUCCGUCCUCUUCUUAUCAGAUCACGGGAAAAAUGUUCACUGAAGGCUUAGACGAGUCCGCCAUCAACUGGGUCAACCAGGGACGGGCAGUGGACGAAUUGAGAUCGCCGCUAUCUCCACUGACGGAGACGAGGUCGCCGGUGAGGGGUUUGUUCCCGAAGUCUCCAAGAGAUCCUCUGGCACCGAGGUCGCCGCUUCUAUACUCUUCCGCUUCUUCCCAAUUACUGCCUCCGCUUAAGUUCAGCUCAUCCGGGUUUCUCACGCCUCGAACCCUAGUGCCGCCGAGUUUUAGCGAUCAGGAAGAUGACGGGGAGAGCGUGGCUUCGGUGUCUGAUUACACGGCCGGGAAUUACUCUUUGUAUGGUGGGGAUGAAGAUGGGGAAGACGAGGUGGGAAGUGCGGUUGACUUGGAUUUCUUGGAGAGGCCUGUGGCUGGGGGUUACGAGGAUGUAGAGAUGGUGUUUGCGGAAAGGCCUAAGCGAAAAUUGAACCGUGGAUUGUUGAAGGAGGACUUGAAAAUUGAAGUGCCCGGCAGCGGCGGCGGCGGCGGGUUGAGAAGGUUUACAACGGAUGGUGGAGUGGGAAUCAGGAAACCUGCUGAUCUCGAUGGCUCAACGACUUCCCAUGGGAAUUACUCACUUCGGGAGAGAGCUCAGCUAAGUAGCUCCCGAUUUGCAUACAAUCUGGAUGAUUUCGGGACUCCAAGUGCACCUCCGGCUAUGGAAGUCGGAAGAGAGGACAGUAGCUAUGGAGAUGAAACUGAAGCUGAGCAAAGUGGAGAUGGCAUAUGCAAGUUCAGAGAACCAGUGAAUCGACAUGGAGUAGGAGAAAGUCUGCUUGAUCCAACGCUUCAUUCCGUUCAAAGCACAGAAUUUGUUGAUACUGGACUAAACUCGACAGUGACGGACCAAAGGGAAGUAAAGAUGCCUUAUUGGCAAACAACUUCUUUGGAUCAAUCAUACACAAGUGGCCAACAUGCUUGGCAAACUCUCAUAGCAUACGAUGCUUGCAUCCGCCUAUGCUUGUACUCAUGGGCUAAAGGCUGCACAGAAGCUCCUGAAUUUAUGCGUGAUGAGUGUCUGCUUCUCAGAAGUGCCUUUGGACUGCACAAAUUUUUGCUACAACCACGAGGUGUACAGGCAACGGAAGUGAGAACUGCUAAGAAUGCAGAGCAGAUGGGCUCUUCAAGGGUGAAGAAGGUGGUAGGGAAGAUAAGAGUGGAUGUAAGGAAGCUUCGAGUAGUACCAAGACGGGCACUUAAGAGCUCAAACUCAAUGCGGAGUGCUAUUUACAUGCAAAUGGGGAAAGACUAUGCCCGACAAGUCUCGUCUCUUGUAAAAAAUGGAAUGAAUUCUCUUAAGCUUGCUUCAUUUCCUGCAAUAUCAGAAGAGAAAAUGCCAUGCUUUUUCCAACUGAAGAGUGAUUCUGAAGGUGCUGAAGUUGAAUCAGCUUCUACAAUAUGCUUGCACCCUGGAAGUGGGGAGUACCAUGUCUUUUUCCCAGAGAGUGAAGGGGAUGCUCUUCUGGUAGAAGUUCAAGAUAGCAAACAAUCCCUCCAAGGCCGAGCCACGAUUCCAAUUUCAUCUCUCAAUGAAAAUCCCAAUGAUAGAAUCCGAUGGUGGCCUCUUUAUCUGGAGGGCCAAGAAUGUGUUGGGAAGAUACAGCUCUCCAUUAGCAGCACGAUUACCUGUGAUGAGACUAAUAGUAUAAAGAGUGGACCUGUUGCGGAGACACUGGCUUAUGAUUUGUUAUUGGAGGCUGCCAUGCGUGCACAACAUUUCCAUGCCCGAAAUUUGAAGCUAGAUGGACCUUGGAAUUGGCUCCUGACUGAAUUUGCUGACUAUUAUGGAGUAUCCGGUUCAUAUACAAAGCUGAGGUAUCUUUCGCAUAUCAUGAAUGUGGCUACACCUACUAAGGACUGCUUAGAGCUUGUCAACGAGUUGCUCGUGCCCAUUUUCAAGGCUAGAAGUGAAAAAAGUUUGACUAGGCAAGAGAAAAGUAUAUUGUUGGAUUGUGAAACACAAAUUGAAAAGCUGCUGGCAACUGUUUUCGAGAAUUACAAGUCAUUGGAUGAAUCCUCUCCUACUGGUUUGGCUGACUUGUUUGGUCCAGUGCGAGACUCCGCUGCACCAGCUUUAACUCCUGCUGUCAAUGUCUAUACCCUUCUUCAUGAUGUACUGUCUCAUGAUGCACAAAUUAUGUUGCAGACCUACUUGCAGGCUGCAGCGAAGAAAAGGUGCCGUAAGCACAUGAUCGAGACCGACGAAUUUGUCUCCUGCAAUUCCGAAGGCUACCUCUUGGACUCCAUAACUGUCUCGACUGCUUAUUUGAAGAUGAAGAAUCUGUGCAUGAACAUUAGCAAAGAAAUACAGGCAGACAUCAAAAUCCACAAUCAGGACAUCUUCCCCAGCUCCAUUGACCUGUCAAACAUCUCAGCUGCUGUUUACAGCACGGAAUUGUGUAACAGGCUUAGUAGCUUUCUGUCCGCAUGGCCUCCAAGUAGCCCGCAGCCACAUGUAAAUGAGCUUCUGACAGCAAUCGCUGACUUUGAAAGAGACCUUGAUUUAUGGGAAAUCAGUACCGUGGAAGGUGGUGUAGAAGCAAGAGGGUUGUUUCACAGCUACAUAAUCGUGUGGGUGCAAGAUAUGGAACUAAACUUGCUUGAGCUUUGCAAAGCAGAGAAGGUUCCAUGGGCUGGGGUAACAACAAAUCACGCCACCUCUCCUUUUGCUGAAGAAAUGUAUGACAAAAUGAAGGACUAUCUAAUUCGCUAUGAAGUGGUGAUAAAUAGAUGGCCUCAGUACUCUCUGAUCCUCGAAACUGCUGCUGCUAAUAUGGAACGAGCAAUAAUUAAGGCAUUAGAGAAGCAAUACAGUGACAUCCUGACUCCAUUGAAGGACAGUAUCCCCAAGAGGCUGAAUAUGCACGUCCAGAAGCUGGCAAGAAGACAAUCCAUGGCACCUUAUUCCGUACCCAACCAACUGGGAACCUUCCUGAACACAAUCAAGCGAAUAGUAGAUGUCUUGCACUGUAGAGUGGAGGAGAUCUUGAGAUCCUGGGCAUCCUGCCUUCCGGUGGCUGGAGAUAAAAGGUCUUCUUUCGGGGAGCAGAUGAAUGGGAUCACAGUUCUGCUCAAAACCAAGUACAAAAAUUACUUGCAGGCCACGGUGGAAAAGCUCGUGAACAACAUGCAAGCUAAUCGUGGUACAAGGCUGAAGAGAAUCUUGGAAGAGAUAAAGGAAGAAGAUGGAGAGGCUGAUGUCCGUGAAAGAAUGCAAAUGCUGACAUCACAGCUCAUCGACUCCAUAUCCAAUCUGCAUGGUGUCUUCUCCAGCCGGAUAUUCGUUGCAGCUUCCCGUGGAUUGUGGGAUAGAAUGGGACAGAUUGUACUGAAGUUUCUUGAGGGCAGAAAGGAGAACAGGGUUUGGUACAAUGGAUCCUGCUAUGCUCUUGGGAUUCUGGACGACAUAUUCGCUUCCCAGAUGCAGAGGCUUCUCGGAAACUCACUGCAGGAUAAGGAUAUAGAGCCGCCGCGAUCAGUAAUCGAAGCACGGUCCAUUCUCUGCAGAGAUGUUGCAAAUGCAGCUGACACUUCUACCUAUUUCUAUGUCUAGCUUUCCCCAAAUAAGACCAGGAACGGGGUAUAAAUCAAUACAUGUCGCUUACCUGUAUAGUGAGGCAAUGGGUUCAUUAUUCUUUCAUGUAUAUGUUGCAAAUUGAUUGAUCAUUGAUGUAACGUUGACACUAUUUUGUAAUUCUUCCUAUCCUUUCAUAUAUAGAAACGGGGGCAAAAAGUUCCCUCCAUUCCUUGUUCUAAAUUAAGGGUUGUACCUUGUGCAUUAAGGAGUUGGGUUUGUUUGUACUUUUUUUUCCAAGUAAUAUAUUACAGUAGUUAAAUCCUCUACCCAAAACCUCAAAAAGACAAUUAAUGAAGCCACCCUACAAAAUCGAAGGACGCUAUAUCUACAGGGGACAGCAGCAGGGCUUGUCUUGCCACUCUAUGGGCAGCCCAGUUGACAGUCCUCGGGACCGAGCUAAAGUGAAUACAAGAAGAACAUGAGCUCAAUAAUUGAAUACAAUCACGAAGUAAGGGCCCGCCCACCGAGUCUUCACAGCAUCUACCAUCAAGUUGCCUUGUUUGUACCUAAGACAUAUUAAAUCUGAUUGGAUGGA